CACGUCGACAUGGGGAAGAUAAACACAGAAGUGUCUGUUUACGUUCUUCACGUCUGAAUUAAACGUACAUAUGUUUAUGCCUCGCGGCGCUGUUGUGUCAUCUAAACUGAGCUCAUCUUCAUCUAACUGAAACCCUCGUCGUUUGGUGAACAGCUGAUGUCGUGGCAACAUGGACAGUGACCUCAGCCCCCAGGAUAAAAAAGAUUUAGACAAAUUUAUUAAGUUCUUUGCACUGAAGACUGUCCAGGUGAUAGUCCAAGCUCGCCUCGGUGAGAAAAUCUGCACACGCUCAUCGUCAUCCCCGACUGGCUCUGAUUGGUUUAAUUUGGCCAUCAAAGACAUUCCAGAGGUCACUCAUGAAGCGAAGAAGGCACUGGCCGGCCAGCUCCCCGGCAUCGGACGCUCCAUGUGUGUUGAGAUCUCCCUGAAGACAUCAGAGGGCGACUCGAUGGAGUUAGAAACAUGGUGCUUGGAAAUGAAUGAAAAGUGCGAUAAGGACAUCAAGGUGUCCUACACCGUUUAUAAUCGUCUGUCUGUCCUCCUGAAGUCUCUGCUGGCCAUCACCAGAGUAACGCCUGCCUAUAAACUGUCCAGGAAGCAGGGCCACGACUACGUCAUUUUGUACAGGAUCUACUUCGGGGAAGUCCAGCUGAACGGCUUAGGAGAAGGUUUUCAGACGGUGCGCGUCGGAGUGGUCGGCACUCCUGUGGGCACCGUCACGCUCUCGUGUGCCUACCGCACCAACCUGGCUUUCAUGUCCAACAGGCAGUUUGAAAGGUCGGCUCCCAUCAUGGGGAUCAUCGUGGAUCAUUUCGUGGAUCCUCCCUGCGGUGGGCAGCGUCCCGCAAACAUGGGCCAGCCCUGCAACUACAGAGCUCCGGAUGAUGAGGAUGGAGGGCCGUUUGCAGGAGUCCAGGACUCCCAGGAGGUGUGCACCACCUCCUUCUCCACCUCCCCUCCCUCUCAGUGUGUGUGUACACUGAGUCCGUCGCCCUCUAAACUGUCCAAGCCCCUCCCCUUGGACAGCCUGCAGCUUCCAGCGGCUCCCGGACUUGUCACUCACACACUGUACGCGUCCCGGCUGUCCUAUCAGCCUCCAGCUCCGGUCGGCGCUGCCGAGCUUUGUCCCCCUGCUGCCAAUCCCAACCAGGUGCUGCAUGCUGGGAAGGAAGGCGGCGUGGCGUCGGCCCCGGUUCCCCCGCAGCCGGCCGCCGAUGCUCACCUGGCGGUGGAGCAGGCGCCCAACACGCCCAGCAGCAGUGGCGAAGACGACGGCCUGUCGCAGAGCGGAGAAGGGAGGAGGGACGACGGCCGGAGGAGCGUUUCUCCCUCGGAUCCAAUCGACUUUCUCAACACGUUCACGCGGAAGGUCGGCGCCUUUGUGAACAAACCCAGCACUCAGAUCACAGCAGGCAGUCUGGACGUGCCCUUCGCUGCAAUAAUUCCCCGAAUCCUGGAGUCGGAUGACAGCGACCCCCUGGUGCGUCCUCCAGAGUCCCCUCCCUGCCCGUCGCCCCUGCAGGCCAGCCUCCAUUCGGAGAGUUCGGAGGGGUCGGGGCAGCAGGACGACUUUGUCAUGGUUGAUUUUCGUCCAGCCUUCUCGAAAGACGACCUAUUGCCGAUGGACUUGGGCACUUUCUACAGAGAGUUUCAGAACCCCCCACAGCUGACCAGCCUCUCACUGAACGUCAGCUCGCAGUCGAUGGCUGAAGACCUGGACUCGCUGCCGGAGAAACUGCGCGUCUAUGAGAAAAACAUCGACGAGUUCGAUGCUUUUGUGGACAUGCUUCAGUAGAUCAGGAGAGAAGAGCGGGACUUUCUGUGAAAACAUGCACACUAGAAUGAAUGAAUGAGGAGCAGAGACGGAGCGACUGGAGGCUCUGCUGUAGUUCGUCCUGUGAGAAACAGACUAAAUCACCAUGUGUCCAAUAUUUUCCCCUCCAGCCUGUACAGAUCAUCCACCUCGCUGUAAAUACUGUAUUAUCUCUGACACUGGCGCGCGCACACACACACACACACACACACACCUCCUCUGGUCUGAAAGUGGUAAUCAAGCUGAAAAUCUAUUUUCUGUGUGGCACAAGCCUGUUCUUGUCAUCAGUGUAAUCGGAAGACCACAGUGGAUCUGUCCCUGCAGACAGCCAUGCAAAUCCAAGGACACCAAGCACAUCAGUGGUAUUCUGACUGAACUAUAAUCCGCCCUUUCACCCCUCUGCUUCCUGUCUGUGAAGGUUCCCGCCACAUCACGGCCUUUCUGAUCACAUCCGAGUCAAACAUCGGUAAUGUUGCCCGACACGUCAAGCCAGUCCGGUUUGUGUUUCGAUCCAGAAGUGUCAUCAGGGAAAGCUGGACUUGGAAGAAAGUUGAACAUGGCCUUACAGUGUUGCCCUCCUUUCCCAGCGGGUCUGGGGAUGUCAGCCCUUCUGGAAUUCAAAGCAAAUAAACAGCAGCCCUCAUCUGUACAGGAAAUACACCUUUCCAUGCUAAAGCAAUUAGUUGUAGAAGUACACCUGAUCGAAGCAGCAUCCUUGAGAUCUGCCCACCCUUUCAACUGAUGAAACUUGGUCAUUUUUUGUGGCGAACUGCUGCAGCAAAAAUGACCACUUCAACCAAAAGUUGGCUUUCAUCAAGGCCGUGGGGUUUGUCGCAUUAGUGUCCAGAUAGACUGGAGCUCCCGUGUCUGUAGCCGUCUGCAGGAGGUGACAGGAAACACCGCGACUGUUGGUUUAAAAGCUUUAAUUUGACUUUUUUUUUUUUCUGUUGGUGUAGAUGUCAAAAAUAAAGCAUGGCUGCUCUGGUUUCUGCCGAC